AUGCUGUGUGCAGAUGCCGCGCGAGCAUCUCCGGGCGCUCGUGGGCUCGGACUUCGCACGAAAGCCACGGCGACGGGGCGGAGACACAGGUCUGCUCCUCCUGCCGACCAAGACGCAAAUUCACGAAAGAUUUUGGCGGAGGACUUAAGGACACGGGAACGACUUUUCCUUUCCUCUUUACUCUCCCUGACUUCAAUUUCGCGCGAGAGGUUGCAUCAUAUCGCGACGCGCAUGCAGGAGCGGGGCAGCCACGGGCGACGCAAGCAAGCAAGCAAGCAAGCAAGCAACAUAGACUGCGGCUCAUUCCAAGCUCUGAUUAGGUCUCGGGGUGAGAUCACGCCUAAAGAAUUUAUUCAAAGCAAAGACUUCAAGCGCAGGUACAAGGGUGAAUCGGGAUCAUGGUCGGCGAGCUGGGACGAGACGAGGCGCGUGUGGGCGGCCCGAGGGUCCACAGUGGUGCUGCAGUGUCGGUUGGGCGGGGCCAGGAGCCAGGGCAGCGGGCAGGGCAGCGGAGUGCCCCUCGACGACUGGAUUAACGUCACUUGGCGUCGAAACAACGUCUCCGUCGAUGACCGGCGCCAUAUUGUAACGGAGGCAGGACACCUCAACAUUACCAAGGUGGUCAAGCGACGGGGCGGCGUGACCGACGAGGGGGAGUACCGUUGCUUGGUGUCCACCCCGAUAGGCGUGAUCACAGGCCCGCCCAUCACCCUCCGUGUCGCCACAAUGACCAAAAGCUUCGUGUUGAAGCCUUCCAAUGUGAGUGUGGUGGAAGGAGAGUCUGUAAGGCUCACGUGCCAAAUUGACUCUGAGCCUCCGGCAACAUUUACGUGGACCCUCGACCAACAACCUCUACCUCAAGAUGACAGGUACGCAACCUUCAACUCAGGUGUGCUUCAUAUAAAUGGAGUACAGAGGACUAAUGCUGGCAUUUAUCGGUGCCUAGCCACAAACUCAGUUGCAGGAAAAGAACGCCACAGCAACGGCAUUUCUGUAACAGUACUGGAAAGGGGUGAGGGGGACAACUACAAACUCCCCUCCUUCCUCUCCCCUAAAGACCCUGUUCGAGUUGUGCAGGGGAAAAAUGCAAUCAUCGAGUGUCUUGCAACAGGUGUGCCACUCCCAACAAUCUCAUGGCAACGAAAAUUGAAUGAUAGUGCGGUCUGGGAGGACUUGAAGAUGGGAGUCAAUGGUGUAUCCAUGAUUGGCCAGGGAACACUUGUUCUCUCCAAUGUUCAGAACACAAGCUCUGGACGUUAUGCUUGUACUGCAAAGUCGUAUAACCCCAACACCAAGAGAGAAGCCAGUGUUUCUAGGGAAAGAGAGUUAGAUGUAUUGACCCCACCUGAAGUCAUUGAUUCUCCAAAGCCCGUAAAUACCUUGUCAGCCAAGACAGCCCGUCUAAACUGCUCAGUAACGGGUCAUCCAACUCCCCGCGUCAUAUGGUACAAAAAUGGGCGGCCUGUCGUCAUUAAAGGACGCAUUGUUCAAUCAGACACCAACCAGCUCCUCUUCUACAAUUCAAUAACUGCUGACAAAGGAAUGUAUCAGUGCCUCGCUAUCAACGAUGCGGGAUAUGCCUCAAGUUGGGCCCUCGUGGUAAUCAACUCGUCCAAGAACCAACCAGAACCACCCCAGAACUUAAAUUAUGUAGUUCUUUCGUCUACCUCGGUUCUCCUGACAUGGGAUGCAGUCCACCCACUCAAUGGCGAGCUCAAAGCUUACUCAGUACAUUAUGUUGAAUCUGAGGGGAGUGCGAUGGAGAGGCAAGAAGUUUCAUUAAAUACAUCACUCCUUCUAGAAGGUCUCAAGCCCAACACAAAUUAUACAGCCUUUGUUAGAGCCUACAGCAACUUCCCUUCAGAAAUCUCAGAAAGCCUGGUGUUCCGCACAGCAGAGGAUGUCCCUACUGAUGUCCCAGCUGUGCAGCUGGUUCCUCUGUCGCCCACAACUCUCUUGGUCAAGUGGAGCCCAUUGGCACCAGAGCAAGCUCGAGGCACUAUCCAUGGAUACAAAAUUCUGUGGAGAAAACGAAACCAUCACUACUACCAUGUCCAAGAGGUUUUGGCAGAUGUGCACGAGUUUCAGAUCACCGACUUGCAUCCAGGAAAGAAAUAUGAAGUACAAGUGCUGGCAGCAACAAAGGCUGGGUAUCCAACCAAGAGUGGCUGGCCUUGGAUACAACAGAAGAUGGGUGAACCAACCCAGGAUGUACCAUUUCCCCCUGAGGUCACACUGAAGGUGCUCAAUGAUACUAGCAGUGAUUCAGCAGGAAGGCUGGCAAUUAAGGUGGACUGGGAAGUUUCAUCAGAAAACAAAGUAGAAAUUGAAGGCUUCUGGUUGAAAUACAAACGGCAGGAUCAGACGUGGAAUGAACCCAUCACUUUUCCACCAACACAGAAAUCAUAUACCAUAACUGGCUUGGAAGCUGAUUGGUAUGAAGUCCAGGUGAAGGCUGUAAGUGCCAAUGGUGAUGGCGAGCCGACUGUGAACGUGAUUCACACUCGCCUCCCAAACCAAAGCACACAGUUUGCAAACACUACUUCCAGUAUUGAUAGGCUGGAGGCAGAUUCUCGGUCUCAGACAAGCGUUCACUUGUCCUGGAGAGUAACAGAAGGUCAGGAUGGAGCAGCUUAUUACACUGUCAAGUACCAGCAGAUCACGCAUUCACCAAAUCCAGCAGAAGCAACAUUUGUCCGCAGUGACACUCCAGAGAUUGUAAUCACAGGCUUGAAACCAUUCAGCACAUAUGAAUUCAGUGUUCGUGCUCAUGAAUCAGAGAAGACAUAUGGCCCUUUUAGUCAUCCUGUUCAAGCUAUGACUAUGGGUAACCUCCCAUCAUCACCAGAGGAUUUCAUGUAUGAACCUACGGAUGCUUCUACGAUCCGCCUGAAAUGGAACCCACCAGAACAGUUGACUGGGACUCUGAAGAAGUAUGAAAUUCUCUACAGUCUGGAUAAGCAGAAGCCUUUAUCUGAGUGGGAUGUGCAUGAGGUAGAGGGUGAUGCCACGGCAGAUACG